AUGAAGGUACAAACUCUUAAGUGCACUGGAGAUGAAGCCAUUCAAAUUCCUCAGGAAUGGUACCAGGAGGGAGAACUUCUCAUUGGUGGAUUGAUGUCCCAUGUCCAUUACUUGUUGGCCAAAGUGACUUUCAGGAAACAUCCUUCUGAGGAAUCGGUUGACCUCCCAUUUGUGGUGACAAAGUUCUACCAACACAUCUUGGCUUUAGUGUUUGCCGUUAAGGAGAUCAACAAGGAUCCUCAGAUCUUGCCCAACAUUACUUUUGGCUUCCACAUCUAUGACAGCUACUCUGAUUCACGAAUGACCUAUCGCACCACUCUGGACCUGCUUUUUAAAUUACACAAAAUUGUCCCCAACUAUAUUUGUGGGACUGAAAAGGGAAUGAUGGGAAUCAUUGGAGGACUGAGCCCUGAAACCUCCAUACGCAUGGCAGAAAUUUUGCAGCUUUUCAAGAUUCCACAGAUUGCAUAUGGCUCAUUUGAAUUGUCAGUGACGGAUGAAUCGCAUUCCCCUCAUUUUUAUCGCAUGGCCCCUGGUGAAGCUCUUCAGUAUGAGGGUUUAGUCCAGCUUCUUCUGUACUUUGGAUGGAAAUGGAAAUUUUCAGCAAGAAAAGUGUGGAUUACAAUGGCCCAAAAUGAUUUCACAUUACAUUCCUUACAAAGGACUCUGGAUAUGCAAAUGUUCCAUGGGGCUAUUUCCUUCUCAAUUAGCACAAAACAAAUUCCAGGUUUCCAGCAAUUUCUACGGGCUGUCACCCCUUCUGGGGCAAAUCAAGAUGGCUUUAUUAGAGAUGUCUGGAAGCAAGCUUUUGUCUGCUCAGUACCCAAGAGUGAUGUUCCUGAAGAUGAAGAUGAAGAUGAAGAAUGUACUGGAGAGGAAAGGCUGGAGGACCUGCCUGCAACUUUCUUUGAAACCAGCACGCUCGGCCAUAGUUACAGUAUCUAUAAUGCCGUCUAUGCUGUGGCUCAAGCUUUACAUGUUGCUCACACAUUUAGGACUGAUCGGAACAUCCUAAAGGACAGGGAUCAAGGGCAGCCAAAGAAUCUAGAAGCCUGGCAGCUCCAUCCAUUUCUGCAGAGAAUGGCCUUCAACAGCACUGCAGGAGAUGAAAUUAAAUUAAACGAAGAUGGAGUAUUAGAAGCCGGAUUUGACAUCGUAAACCUGGUCACUUUUCCAAAUAACUCCUACAUCACCGUCCUAGUUGGACAAAUGGAUCCAAAAGCUCCUGCAGGAAAAACCUUGAUCCUUAAUGGAGACAGAAUCCACUGGCACCACGAAUUCACUCAGCUACCACCUCUCUCGUUAUGCAAUGAACCUUGUCCUCUUGGAAGCAGAAAGAACAAGAUCGAAGGGCAGAAAUUUUGCUGCUACGCUUGUGCUCCGUGUCCAGAGAAGAUGAUAUCAAGACAAAUGGACAUGGAGCAUUGUGACGGCUGUUCAGAGGAUCAGUUUCCAAACCAAGCUCAAGACGAGUGCAUUCCAAAGACAAUGAACUUCCUCUCCUUCGAAGAGCCGCUUGGCAUCACUCUGGUUUCUCUGGCUCUUCUUUUUUCCCUGGUGACGGCUUUCGUGCUGGCAAUCUUCAUUAAGCAGCGGGACACUCCCAUCGUCAAAGCCAACAAUCGCAGCCUCACCUACCUCCUCCUCAUCUCCCUCUUUCUCUGCUUCCUCUGCUCUCUUCUCUUCAUCGGACAGCCCAACAAGGCCACCUGCCUCCUCCGACAAACGGCAUUUGGCAUCAUCUUCUCUGUUGCCGUUUCCUCUGUUCUGGCCAAAACCCUCACAGUCAUCGUGGCAUUCCUUGCUUCUAAACCGGGAAACGUUUUCCACAAAUGGGUGGGGCAAAAGUUGGCCUAUGCUAUUGUCUGGGGUGGAUCCCUCCUUCAAGCAGGCAUUUGUGUGUUUUGGCUGGGUUCUUCUCCUCCCUUCCCAAAUCUGGACACACAAACCCUGCCUGGGGAAAUCAUAGUGGAAUGUCACGAAGGCUCCGCCACCAUGUUUUACUGUGUCUUGGGCUACCUGGGCUUCUUGGCCCUUCUCAGCUUCACUGUGGCCUUCCUAGCCAGGAAGUUGCCGGACAGUUUCAACGAAGCCAAGUUCAUCACUUUCAGCAUGUUGGUGUUCUGCAGCGUUUGGCUGACCUUUGUGCCCACCUACCUGAGCACCAAGGGGAAGUACAUGGUGGUGGUGGAAAUCUUUUCUAUCCUGUCUUCCAGUGCUGGCUUACUGGGAUGCAUCUUCGCCCCUAAAUGUUAUAUUAUUGUAAUUAGGCCAGAUAAAAACUCUGUGAAGUCUCAGUGCCAUUUAACAAAUGUCUGCUUCAGCAGAUACAUCCUCUCAGCCCAAAUCCUGGAAUUCAUGCUGCAGAUCAAAUUGCCAGAGAUUUUAAGGUUGCAUUGCAAGAAGGAAAACAGUGCUGUAGUCAAAAACAGAGAGGACAACGACAAAACUCUUCUGAAUGCCAAGCCAGAGGAGGAGCGAGUGGAGUUGGCAGGUGACACUGAAAGCAAUGAUGGGGAGGGGGAAGCAGAAGUGAGAAUGAACACGACAGAGUUAGAGAGUGCGCUCACCACCCUAGACUCCAGACAUGCAGGUGGACGACAUGGAAAUGGGGCCAGCGACCUCGAGUACAAGGGAGACGGCCAAACGUGCCCCCAGACGGUCGAAGUGCAGGUGAAGAUCCUGAGCCCAGGAUCCCAGGUGACUAUAACCGAAUCGGGGGGUACCCUGCAGACGGUGUGA